AUGGCAGGGUGCAAGGCGUGUCACAUGCCGAUGGAGCCACGGUUCAAGCUGUCAAGGGAAAGCACGGCGUCGGUCAUCGACGAGAUGGAGUACCGCAGUAUCGUCGGGAGCUUGCGAUACCUGGUGCACACACGACCUUACAUGACAUUCUCGGUUGGGUACGUGUCUCGGUUCAUUGAGGCGCCAACGAAGGAGCAUCUCAUCGCAGUCAAAGCACAUUUUGAGGGAGAGAGCACUGCCCAGCUCGUUGGGUACAACGACAGUGAUCUGGGCGGUGACAUCGACAACCGCAAGAGCACCACCGGCACCCCAUUCCUCCUGGGUGGCGGUGCGGUUAAUUGGCAGUCACAGAAGCAGAAAAUCAUGGCUCUCUCAAACUGCGAAUCGGAGUACGUCGCUGCAACCACGAUGGCUUGCCAGUCGAUCUGGCUCUCGCAACUGCUCGACGAGUUCAGAGAAACAAAGGCAGAAGUGGUGAAGCUCAAGGUGGACAGCAAAUCAGCAAUUACGUUGGCCAAAAAUCCUAUGAUGCACAACAGAUCGAAGCACAUCGAGCUCACAUAUCAUUUUAUUAGAGAUUGCUUGGAGACAAAGAAGAUCGAGCUUGAUUACAUGGCAAUAGAGUUGCAGCUUGCAGACAUGCUAUGA